UGCCUCGGUUGUCAAACAUGGCUGAAGCGUCGCCGCUACCGCUACUGCUGCUGCAGGGAAAAUGCUGAGCCCUCCCGGGCCCGGUGGGCGGCGGCGGCGAGGGCGGCGACGGGCACCCGCUUCUCGGGCGCGGCGGCGGCGGCCAUGGCUCGCCUGGCCGACUACUUCAUCGUAGUAGGCUACGAUCACGAGAAGCCAGGGUCAGGAGCAGGUCUGGGGAAAAUAAUCCAGAGAUUUCCACAGAAGGACUGGGAUGAUACACCUUUUCCACAGGGAAUUGAAUUGUUUUGUCAGCCCAGUGGGUGGCAGCUGUCCAGAGAGAGGAAGCAGCCGACGUUUUUUGUGGUGGUCCUGACAGAUAUCGACUCGGAUCGACAUUACUGCUCGUGCCUAACCUUCUAUGAGGCAGAAAUCAAUCUUCAGGGAACAAAGAAGGAAGAGACUGAAGGUGAAGUAGAAGUGACUGGUUUAAUUCAGCCUGCGGAAGUGUUUGCUCCCAAAAGCCUGGUGCUGGUGUCCAGAUUAGAUUAUCCGGAAAUUUUUAGGGCUUGCCUGGGUUUGAUCUACACUGUGUAUGUGGACAGUCUGAAUGUCUCCUUGGAAAGCCUCAUUGCAAACCUGUGUGCAUGCCUUGUCCCGGCGGCUGGAGGGUCUCAGAAGCUGUUUUCCUUGGGUGCAGGAGAUCGGCAGCUGAUCCAGACUCCUUUGCACGACAGCCUUCCUGUCACAGGCACGAGCGUGGCCCUCCUGUUCCAGCAGUUGGGAAUUCAAAAUGUCCUCAGCCUCUUCUGUGCAGUGCUCACAGAAAACAAGGUUCUCUUCCAUUCCGCAAGUUUCCAGAGACUUAGCGAUGCUUGUAGAGCCCUGGAAUCUCUAAUGUUUCCUCUUAAAUACAGCUAUCCUUAUAUUCCCAUUCUCCCGGCUCAACUACUAGAAGUUCUAAGUUCUCCAACACCUUUCAUUAUUGGAGUACACUCUAUCUUUAAAACUGAUAUCCAUGAACUUUUAGAUGUAAUCAUAGCAGAUUUGGAUGGAGGCACUAUUAAAAUUCCUGAAUGUAUUCACCUCUCUUCCCUCCCGGAACCACUUCUACAUCAGACUCAAGCAGCUCUUUCUUUGAUUCUACACCCAGAUUUGGAAGUAGCAGAUCAUGCUUUUCCCCCUCCACGAACAGCUCUAUCCCACUCAAAAAUGCUGGAUAAAGAAGUACGUGCAGUUUUUCUUAGAUUAUUUGCACAACUUUUCCAAGGAUAUAGAUCAUGCCUACAACUUAUAAGAAUCCAUGCAGAACCAGUAAUACAUUUUCAUAAGACAGCUUUCUUGGGGCAGCGAGGUCUGGUUGAGAAUGAUUUCCUCACUAAAGUUCUCAAUGGAAUGGCAUUUGCAGGCUUUGUUUCAGAAAGAGGUCCUCCCUAUAGAUCCUGCGAUCUCUUUGAUGAGUUGGUAGCUUUUGAAGUAGAGCGAAUUAAAGUUGAAGAAAAUAACCCACUGAAGAUGAUAAAGCAUGUUAGAGAACUUGCUGAGCAACUAUUCAAAAAUGAGAAUCCAAACCCUCAUAUGGCAUUUCAGAAAGUUCCACGUCCAACAGAAGGAUCCCACUUGCGAGUUCAUAUUCUUCCCUUCCCAAAGAUUAAUGAAACCCGGGUACAAGAAUUAAUACAGGAAAAUCUUGCCAAGAACCAGAAUGCACCUCCUGCUACACGAGUGGAAAAGAAAUGUGUUGUACCAGCAGGUCCACCUGUUGUUUCGAUAAUGGACAAGGUGACAACAGUUUUCAACAGUGCACAGAGAUUAGAAGUUGUUAGAAACUGCAUCUCAUUCAUAUUUGAAAAUAAAACGCUGGAGACAGAAAAGACCCUUCCUGCCGCCCUGAGAGCCCUGAAAGGAAAGGCGGCGAGACAGUGUCUCACGGAGGAACUGGGUCUACAUGUCCAGCAAAACCGGGCAAUACUAGACCAUCAGCAGUUUGAUUACAUAAUAAGGAUGAUGAACUGCACUCUACAGGAUUGUUCAAGUUUAGAAGAAUAUAAUAUUGCUGCAGCAUUACUCCCUUUGACCAGUGCUUUCUAUAGGAAACUGGGCCCCGGAGUCAGCCAGUUUGCUUACACCUGUGUGCAGGACCACCCUAUUUGGACAAAUCAGCAGUUUUGGGAGACAACCUUUUACAAUGCGGUGCAGGAACAAGUUCGUUCCCUCUAUCUCUCAGCCAAGGAAGACAAUCAUGCCUCACAUCUGAAGCAGAAGGACAAGCUCCCUGGUGACCAGUAUCAGGAGAAGACGGCAAUGGACCUGGCAGCCGAGCAGCUCCGCCUUUGGCCGACUCUGAGCAAAUCAGCUCAGCAGGAGCUGGUGCAGCGGGAGGAAAGUACUGUCUUCAGUCAGGCCAUUCACUUCGCAAACCUCAUGGUCAACCUGCUAGUUCCUCUAGAUACAAGUAAAAACAAGCUCCUGAGAACAGCGGCACCAGGCGACUGGGAGAGUGGGAGCAACAGCAUUGUGACCAACAGUAUUGCAGGAAGUGUAGCUGAGAGCUAUGACACAGAAAGUGGGUUUGAAGAUUCAGAGAAUAAUGACGUUGCCAAUUCUGUGGUGCGUUUCAUCACACGGUUCAUUGACAAGGUUUGUACAGAGAGUGGCGUUACGCAGGACCACAUCAAGAGCCUUCAUUGCAUGAUACCAGGAAUCGUGGCAAUGCACAUCGAGGCCCUAGAAGCAGUGCAUCGGGAGAGUAGAAGACUUCCACCUAUACAGAAGCCCAAGAUUCUUCGACCUGCUCUUCUGCCAGGGGAGGAACUUGUUUGUGAAGGUCUCCGAGUCCUGUUGGAUCCUGAUGGGAGAGAAGAAGCCACUGGAGGCCUUCUUGGAGGGCCCCAGCUGCUGCCAGCAGAAGGAGCCUUGUUCCUCACCACGUACAGAAUUCUGUUCAGAGGGACUCCCCAUGAUCAGCUAGUUGGUGAGCAAACGGUUAUGCGAAGUAUUCCGAUUGCCUCCAUCACCAAGGAGAAGAAGAUCACAGUGCAGAACCAGCUACAGCAGAACAUGCAAGAAGGACUACAGAUCACAUCAGCAUCUUUUCAGUUGAUUAAAGUAGCGUUUGAUGAAGAAGUGAGUCCAGAAGUAGUAGAGAUCUUUAAGAAGCAGCUGAUGAAGUUCCGUUACCCUCAGUCCAUUUUCACCACCUUUGCUUUUGCUACUGGGCAAACUACCCCACAAAUAAUUUUACCCAAACAGAAGGAAAAGAACACUUCCUUUCGCACCUUCUCAAAAACAAUUGUGAAAGGAGCCAAAAGGGCAGGGAAAAUGACCAUUGGGCGUCAGUACUUAUUGAAGAAGAGGACAGGGACAAUUGUGGAAGAGAGAGUGAAUCGUCCUGGGUGGAAUGAAGAAGAUGACAUAUCUGUUUCAGAUGACAGUGAACUCCCCACCAGUACCACUCUGAAGGCCUCGGAGAAGUCUACUAUGGAACAGUUAGUGGAAAAAGCUUGUUUCAGAGACUAUCAGCGUUUAGGUUUGGGAACCAUAAGCGGCAGCUCUUCUCGCUCAAAACCAGAGUAUUUUCGAAUUACGGCCUCCAACAGGAUGUAUUCACUCUGCCGGAGCUAUCCUGGCCUUUUAGUCGUACCUCAAGCCGUGCAGGACAGUAGUUUACCAAGAGUAGCCCGCUGCUACCGACACAAUCGCCUGCCUGUCGUAUGUUGGAAGAACUCAAGAAGCAGCACCCUGCUCCUCCGAUCUGGAGGAUUCCAUGGGAAGGGAGUAGUGGGUCUUUUCAAAUCUCAGAACUCCCCCCAUGCGGCUCCUACCUCCUCAUUAGAAUCUUCCAGCAGCAUAGAACAAGAAAAGUACUUGCAAGCCAUCCUGAGUGCAGUUUCUGUCCAUCAGAAACUCCGUGGCAAUAACAGCCUCACCGUCAGGCCAGCACUUGCUCUGCCUCCAGGGACUGAAAGGAGAACUGCAAGAAUGUCCACUGUGCUUAAGCAGGUAGUGCCAGGACAUUUGGAUGUAAACCCAUCCAAUAGCUUUGCUCGAGGAGGUGUGUGGGCAAGUCUCCGCUCUAGCACUCGCCUGAUCAGUUCUCCAACAUCCUUUGUCGAUGUUGGCGCCCGGCUGGCAGGCAGGGAUCACUCGGCCUCCUUCAGCAACAGCGCCUACCUGCAGAACCAGCUCUCGAAACGCCAAGCGGCCCUCUAUAUAUUUGGCGAAAAGUCACAACUAAGGAACUUUAAAUUAGAAUUUGCUUUAAAUUGUGAGUUUGUUCCUGUUGAGUUUCAUGACAUCCGACAAGUGAAAGCCAGUUUUAAAAAGCUGAUGAGAGCCUGUGUCCCAAGCACCAUUCCUGUUGAUUCAGAAGUGACCUUCCUGAAAGCCCUGGGAGACUCCGAGUGGUUUCCACAGCUCCACAGGACAAUGCAGCUGGCCGCGGUCGUCUCAGAAGUGCUGGAAAAUGGCUCCUCUGUCUUGGUCUGUUUGGAAGAAGGUUGGGACAUCACAGCACAAGUGACAUCGCUGGUUCAGUUACUCGGUGAUCCCUUUUAUAGGACACUUGAAGGCUUCCGGAUGUUGGUUGAAAAAGAGUGGCUCUCUUUCGGUCAUAAAUUCAGUCAGAGGAGCAGCUUGACUCUCAACUCUCAGGGGAGCGGUUUCACCCCAGUCUUCCUGCAGUUCUUAGACUGUGUCCAUCAGGUUCACACCCAGUAUCCAGCUGAGUUUGAAUUCAAUCUCUAUUACUUAAAGUUCUUGGCUUUCCACUACGUAUCUAAUCGCUUUAAAACAUUUCUCCUGGAUUCUGACUACGAGAGAUUAGAGCACGGAACUUUAUUUGAUGAUAAAGGAGAUAAGCAUGCCAAAAAAGGAAUUUGCAUUUGGGAGUGCAUCGAUAGAAUGCACAAGAGGACUCCCAUUUUCUUUAAUUACUUAUAUUCACCAGUGGAAAUUGAGGCCCUGAAGCCCAAUGUCAAUGUCUCCAGCCUCAAGAAGUGGGACUACUACACAGAGGAGACCCUUUCCACGGGGCCUUCGUAUGACUGGGUGAUGCUGACCCCCAAGCAGUUGCCCUCCGAGGACGUGGAGCCGGCCAGGGAGGCCGGGCCCCAGAGCCAGAGGAGAACAGUGUGGCCAUGCUACGAUGACGUCAGCUGUGCUCAGCCCGACGCCCUGACUGGCCUCUUCAGUGAAAUUGAAAGAUUGGAGCAUAAAUUGAACCAGACCCCUGAGAAGUGGCAGCAGCUGUGGGAAAGGGUCACUGCGGACCUAAAAGAACAGCCCCAAGCAGACCACCCGCAGAGACACCCCCCGGGCUCCCCGGGAAUUGUGUCUCCCAACCUGCCUUCCUAUCAGAAGAGGUCCGUGCUGCACCUGGCCGACAGCAGCGCCGGGGAGGAGCAGAACGCCAGCAUCUCGCCGUCCAACGGCGUGGACCGGAGAGCAGCCACGCUGUACAGCCAGUACACGUCCAGGAACGACGAGAACAGGUCUUUCGAAGGCACGCUUUACAAAAGAGGGGCCCUGCUGAAAGGCUGGAAGCCCCGCUGGUUCGUUUUGGAUGUGACAAAACAUCAGCUGCGAUACUACGACUCGGGAGAGGACACCAGCUGCAAAGGCCACAUUGACCUGGCGGAAGUGGAAAUGGUCGUGCCCGCUGGCCCCAGCAUGGGGGCCCCGAAGCACACGAGUGAUAAGGCUUUCUUCGACCUCAAGACCAGCAGACGUGUGUACAACUUCUGUGCCCAGGACGGGCAGAGCGCCCAACAGUGGAUGGACCGGAUCCAGAGCUGUAUCUCCGACGCCUGACGCCCACGGUCACCCAAGCAGAAGAGAGGAAAGACUCAGGCUGCCAGACAAGGAAAGUGCCUGAGCCCCUGGGGAGCCGGCAGCGCCCUCUUUGGCUCUGAUGAGUCGGCC